CCCAACAAAAAAACGGACCAAGGUGAAGCUAAUCACAGACUUAGAUGAUUUUGCUAAGGAUGCAAUUAGAAAUCAUAUUUAUGAUUAUUAUAGAAGAAAGGAGCUGCGCACAUUGCUCAAACUUCUAAAGUCAUUGAAAGGAGCUGACUUGUUUAAGGGAGGCUUUACUUCGUUGCGACAAGUCAUUAAAGAUAUUGGCUUUGUUUACAAAAAAGUAAACAAAAGGAAAAUCAUUAUGGAAAGGACUGACAUUGCCCUAGCAAGAUGCACAUUUUUAAGGAAGGCCAAAAGCAUAAGUGAUUGGAGCAAAGUUGUGUUUUUGGAUGAGACGUGGCUAAACGCCAACCACACAAUGAAUAAAAGUUGGACCGACGAUACAGCACAAUCGUGUACCAAAGUACCGGAGGGCAAAGGUGAACGUCUUAUUAUUUGUCAUGCUGGUACAGCAAGUGGAUUUGUCCCUAAUUGUUUGUUUGCAUUUAAGUCAAAAAAAACUACGGAGUAUCACGAGGAGAUGAACUAUGAAAAAUUCAAAGAUUGGUUCAUAGGUCUAUUGAACAAUUUAAAAGAACCUAUGACCAUAAUAAUGGACAAUGCACCCUACCAUUCGGUGCAAAUCAAUAAACCCCCAAACCAAUCGAACCGCAAAAGUGAGUUGGUUAACUGGCUGAAUGAAAACGGAGUUUCAGCAGACAUAAAAAUGUUAAAGUCGGAGCUUAUUGCCUUAGUCCGUCGUCAUAAGCCAAUAACUCCUACAUAUGCUCUGGACGAGAUGGCAAGACAAAAGGGUCACCAGGUCCUUCGAUUGCCACCCUACCAUUGCCAGUAUAACGCUAUUGAGCUAAUCUGGGCCCAAAUAAAAGGUCACGCCGCAAGAAAUAAUACUUCACCGCCAUUUACGGCAAAUAAGAUGUUGACCCUACUACAAGAUGCCAUCAACAAUGUUCAACCUGAAAACUGGUCGAAGGUCGCAAAUAAAAUAAAAAGGGAAAUUAUGUCUGAUCGGGAUCGUGACAUUCAUAUUGACAUCGUGUGAGUUGACUAUGCAAGUUGCGCUUAAUGAAUAUAAUAAUACAAAUUUAUCACUGUGAAAUAUUAGUGCAAAAUAUGAUAUUCCUAAAUCGGUCUUACAAAGACAUAACACCAGGUUUAUGAAAAAGCCAGGAGGUCAACCAGUUUUAAAUGCAGAAGCCGAGGAAUACAUAGUCGAAAAUCUUAAUCAUUGUGCUGAGUGGGGAUACCCUUUAGAUACUUACGACCUGAGGGUAUUGGUUAAAGGUUAUUUAGAUAGAUCUGGCAUAACUGAGAAAAGAUUUCAAGAUAAUUUACCUGGUCCAGAUUUUGUAAAAAGUUUUUUACAAAGAAACAAAAACAAAAUUUCAUUACGAAUUAGCCAAAACAUAAAAAGAUGCCGAGCGUCCGUUUCACCGCAAAUUAUAGAAGAAUAUUUUAUUGAAUUGGAGAAAUCCUUAGGAGUGCCAAUGUGUAACGUUGUUAACUAUGACGAAACAAAUUUAUCGGACGAUCCCGGAAGAAGAAAAGUUAUAACAAAAAGAGGCGCAAAAUACCCGGAAAGAGUCUUAAACCAUAGUAAAGCUUCCACAUCAAUAAUGAUGGCAGCUGCUGGUGAUGGAACUUUACUACCUUGUUAUGUCGUCUACAAAGCUAAAAAAUUAUACGAAUCUUGGGUUCAAAAUGGGCCGAAAGGUUGCAGGUAUAACUGUACUACUUCUGGGUAGUUCGACAGUAUCACGUUUGAGGACUGGGUUCGUACUGUCGCGUUGCCAUAUUUCAAUAACAAAGAUGGAAAAAAAAUACUUAUCGGAGAUAAUCUUUCAUCCCAUUUGUCUCUAGACUUGAUUAAUGAAUGCAAAGAACAAAACGUGCAUUUCAUUUUUCUUCCUCCAAAUUCCACACAUCUAACGCAACCGCUGGAUGUAGCUUUCUUUAGAGCAAUAAAAGGUGCCUGGAGGGACAUUUUAUUUCAGUGGAAAAAAACCGAUGGCCGUACUUUACCUACUAUUCCUAAAAGUGUAUUCCCUAGUGUUUUGAAAAAAUUAUUAAAUCGCAUGGCAAACCAAACAAAAUCAAAUAUAAUCUCAGCAUUCAUGAAAUCUGGCAUAAGCCCUUUAAAUAAAAUUAAAGUUUUGAAAAGAUUACCAGGAAACGCCUGUGGUGAACAAUCCUUUAAUAAAGAUGCUCUUGAUGAGACAGUAGUAACC